CCAAAACUCAAAGUCUCUACAUAUGUGACGCAUUUGAAAGUGGCCUGCAAUUGAUAUUUCCCAAGACCACAUGCGCUAUCCCUAAAUGUAUCAACCUAUACAUUGGAUAUUAUCAUAUGCCUAAAUGAAGACCUACUUAAUGUUCGGUCAAUUCGCGUCCAAAGAUCAUACCUUAUAUUUUGGUCGACUUCUACAAGUGGCUUUCCCAUAUCUGGACAAACUCUACCAUUCUGUUCGGUCUGAGGAGACUCAACUAGCGAUGUUCGCCGCAAUGGACGAAACACCAAAUUACUGUAACUCAUAUGUUCUUAUAUUCUCAUUAUGCUCUUUGAAGCUCUCUCGUGAUGAUGAAGUCUUCGGUGAGAGAUUAGUAUCCUACUCUAAAGUAACAAGUUGAUUUCAGCAUACAUUAGGGAUGAGAAGGGAUUCCUAUAAGACUUGAACGGCGCCGUCCUCGAAAUCGAUGAAGGGAGGAGCUCCAGACCAUAAGGAGAAACGACUCAAACUUGCUUCAUUCUCACUUUUACUUCCACGACAUUAGCUUGAAUCAACCUAAGUAUGGCGUCGAACACAUCCCAUACCUCGUUAAUCGAGCCUUACAUUGCGAUAAAAAUGAAGAUGCCAUAUGGUGUACCCAGCUUAGGGUGCCCCUGGUGCUCCUCUGUAUGGUUCAAAAGACUUGGAGACCUCCAAAAUCAUUUAUCUAGCGUACAUGAUGAGAUGUUGCGUCUGGAGGGUAUCAAUUUAACGCUACAGACGAAUACAUCUAACUCGAUGCUGAACGCUAUCAAUCCUCUGCCCGGAAAUCCCACAUCUUUUCAACCUGGGAAUAUAGGCGCUAUUCCGAAUUACAACCUCGGUAAUUCGACUCCUGCUCCCAAUUCCAGCCAGACUUCAGCAUUUCAUAUUGGCAGCCCCCCCGUUGCACUUCAAAGCCCUCAGUUCAAAACCACCUUGCCGCCCCAGUUCCCACCUCAGCCUCGGUUCUCAUCCCAGACUCAGCAAUCCGUUCCGGCUACGCGACCUAUAUCCACUCCUAUGCCUGCUCCACCUCCGCCUCCGCCGUCCUACUGUGUUCAGAGGCAGGUUCAACCUCCAAAUGGAGCUUUCCAGCUCAACAACCGUACCACGUCCACUAUGAACGGAGGCGUUGCCUCGCCUUUUGUGCCUCCGCUCCCUUCUAAUAUUUACCAGGGGGGUGCAUCUAUGCAGGAUUUACUCGACUUUGGUCCGUUCCCGCUUUGACGCAGGCCUGGUUAGCUACGAGUUGAGGGGUACACGGACGGUCCAUGUUAUGACUAGUAUACGCAGGACUUAAGGCUCGGCAUCAGGAAGGGGGGGGGGGGGGGGGGG